CUCCUCCAAUCCCUAACUUUUGCCAAGAUACUUUUCCCUCCCUGACUACUUUAGACUACAAGGCUGAAAAAUGUGUCACAGGUUUACCCCAUCCACACUCCCAGCCUAUGCCUGUGGGUUUUUUUUACUCACACCCCUCUCCCCCUCGUGGACCAUGGGUCCCAGGCCCCCGUAUCAGCUGUUUCUCGCUGUUUCCCUUGCCCCUCAAGCUAAUCUUUGGCCUGGGCUUGCCCAUCCAAAGAAAGUUUCUUCCAGUGAAUUUUCUCUUGUAUCCUCUUCCCCAGGUCUCCUAAAAACUCCACAACCAUUUUCUCUUUUACUCUCCAGACGCCCGCACCUUGGAACUUGGAGCCCACAUUUCUACGCGCCCCGGGGCCCCUCGGCUUCACUUUGCCCCUAAGUUGUUUGUUUCCCGUCCCUCACUCCACUUCCUAGAUUUUUUCGUUUGUUUCCUGUUCUCGACUUUUCUCUCAAACUCUCCUGUUCCCCCCAGUAAAAAACCCUCCAGCCCAACCAGCUGAACUCUAUGCCGUGAUAUCCGUCUCCUCUUCACUCUUUUACAAAACUCAACGUUUCGCCUCAGGUUUUCCUGUUUUGCUCAGUCUAAAUGUUGAGUCAAAAUUUUCUCUCUAAUCCGAGUCCCAUCAAACAAAGAUUCUUCUCUACCCGUCUCACCCCAGUUAAGCUAAACUUCUGGGAAUAAUAUUCUUUCCAAACUCUCGUUACAUUCAUCUGAACCAGUGACUUUCACACUUCAUGUCUUUUUAUUUUUUCCAGAGGAACCACUGAUUCAAACGAAAUCUUACACCCAGUGCAUAAAUCAGUUAUAAGAAGAAGAUCCCCGGUGGGAUUGGGCGGGGGAGCUGGGCCUUACAAGAGGGUUCCAAAGGCACCUCCUCCCAGCAAUUUGGCAACCGCUAGCCAAACUUUCGCCUUCAAAAUGUCCCUCUCUAAGCCUGGAUUCCUGCAGGGUGAGCUUUAGCUUAGCGCACUGUGCGCUCCUCACUGCAAGUUUCUCCCCCCAUCCCACGGUCUUCCACGCCAGGUCCCGCCAUGGAGCUGCGCUCCGAGCUGCCCAGCGUACCUGGUGCCGCGACGGCGGCCGCGACAGCGACGGGGCCCCCCGUGGCUUCGGUGGCAUCGGUGGCAGCGGCGGCGGCGGCGGCCGCUUCUCUACCGGUGAGCGUGGCCGGCGGCUUGCUACGGGCGCCGCCGCUGUUGUUGAGGGCUGCGGAGAAGUACCCGCGGACCCCCAAGUGCGCGCGCUGCCGCAACCACGGCGUGGUUUCUGCGCUUAAGGGCCACAAGCGCUACUGCCGCUGGAAGGACUGCCUAUGCGCCAAGUGCACGCUCAUCGCCGAGCGCCAGCGCGUCAUGGCCGCGCAAGUGGCGCUGCGCAGGCAACAGGCGCAGGAAGAGAACGAGGCACGCGAGCUACAACUGCUCUACGGCACUGCCGAGGGCCUGGCGCUGGCAGCCGCCAACGGCAUCAUCCCGCCGCGACCCGCCUACGAGGUCUUCGGCUCAGUGUGCGCCGCGGACGGCGGGGGGCCAGCAGCGGGAGCGCCGGCCGGGACCGGAGGCGGCACAGCGGGUGCAGGGAGCUCAGAGGCCAAGUUACAGAAGUUUGACUUGUUCCCCAAGACGCUGCUUCAGGCGGGCCGCCCAGGCAGCCCGCAGCCGCCCCCGGGGAAGCCCUUGUCACCCGACGGCGCAGACUCCGGUCCCGGGACAUCGUCCCCAGAGGUGCGGCCGGGCUCGGGCUCGGAGAACGGCGACGGCGAGUCCUUUUCGGGGUCGCCUCUGGCUCGGGCCUCCAAAGAGGCAGGUGGCAGCUGCCCGGGCAGCGCUGGCCCCGGGGGCGGCGGCGAGGAGGACAGCCCGGGAUCCGCCAGCCCUCUGGGCUCAGAAUCGGGUUCGGAGGCUGACAAAGAAGAGGCUGAGGCCGCGCCCGCGCCAGGGCUGGGAGGAGGCCCGGGUCCACGACAGCGGACGCCGCUGGACAUCUUGACGCGUGUCUUCCCGGGCCACCGGCGAGGCGUCCUGGAGCUGGUGUUGCAGGGCUGCGGCGGCGACGUGGUGCAGGCCAUCGAGCAGGUGCUGAAUCACCACCGCGGGGGCCUGGUGGCCGGUCUCGGUCCCGCCGCGCCCCCUGAUAAGGCUGCAGUGGGGGCAGUAGCAGCAGCGGACGACGCGUGGCCUGGCCGCGUCGACGCAGCUGCCGCCGGCGGCCCCGGGCUGCCCGCGCCGCUGCAGGCGGGCCCCGCCGCACCUCCGCACCACAGACCUUUGCUGGCUGGCGCCAUGGCGCCCGGGGCGCUGGGCUCGCUGAGCAGCCGCUCGGCCUUCUCGCCCCUGCAGCCCAACGCCAGUCACUUCGGGGCCGACGCAGGCGCCUACCCGCUGGGCGCGCCGCUGGGCCUCAGCCCCCUGCGCCUGGCCUACUCGGCAGCGGCGGCCCACAGCCGCGGCCUGGCCUUCAUGGCUCCUUACUCCACCGCCGGCCUGGUGCCCACACUUGGCUUCCGCCCGCCCAUGGACUACGCCUUCAGCGAUCUCAUGCGCGACCGCUCGGCCGCCGCCGCCGCCUCUGUGCACAAGGAGCCGACCUAUGGCGGCGGCCUAUAUGGGCCUAUGGUCAAUGGAGCCCCUGAGAAGCAGUAGGGCUAGGGGCCCGGCAGCCGGGCGGCUCAUAAACAAGGACCCCAGCCUUAUCCCCGCGGGCCGCCAGCCUCUCUUCGCCCGGUGCACUCCCUGUUUCCCGGCUGGGGUCUUCUCGCUCCGAGGUGGUUUUCGGUUUUGUUUUGGACCGUGGGUAGGGAUAGCUGAGCAAAGAGGAGCAGCUUCAGGUGCAGAUGUUUUCGGAGAGGGUGCUCGAUCCGGAUCCUCAUCCGGCGACCCCCUACUCAAGGCUCCCCAGCCCUUCAAAAAGCCAAGAAGUCUUGAGAAUUCAGAGGCUGCAGCCGCCGCUCAAGCUCCUGCCUCUCCCAUUGCUGUGCUCAUCCCGCCUGGCCAUGCUCCCAAAUGGAUGGCAGGAUAGUCCGAGAGUCUGUCUUCUCUGUCUCCCCCUCCCUUAAAAAAUUUAAAUAUUUGCUCUAACAAAUAUAAAUCUAGGAUGUAUAAAUUUCUUGGCACUGAGUCGAGUCUUUGGGACACACAUAUAUAUCGAUAUAAAUUG